AUUUUGUAUACAAUGUUGCCUAUUGAACUCCUGAAACUCAACUGUUAAUGGUUAAACAAGUUGCCUUAAAUUUAUUAUAAAUUGCCUAUACAUUUUGACAAUCAGCGAGUAAGUCAAUUCUGUGGAAUAUUUUUACGUCAUCUGCAUACAGUAAGAACUUCACCUGUUUUAAACUGGCAGUGAUAGAGUUUACAAAUAGGCAGAAUAAGAGAGGACUCAGAUGCUCACCUUGUGGCACCUCAGAUGGAACUUUUACAAUAUCAAAACAAGUAUUAUUCAUUAUAACAAAUUGUUUACUGCCCGAUAAAUAAGAAAUUAGGCAAGUCAAAAGUGAGUUACCAAUUCCUAAAUUCAUAAGUUCAUUUGGGAGUAGGUUGUGGUCUACAGAAUCGAAGGUUUUGGAAAAAUCAGCCUAUAAUGAUGUCAACUUGAGAGCAUAGGCGUUUAAAAUUCAAAUGUCUGAUUAAAUUCAUUAAAAUCGCGUAAAUGUUUUGUAGGUAAUUCAAAAAUAAAUAAAUGCAAUUUUAGAUAAUUGUUUACAAGUAUAAGUAAAUCUAAUUUUCAAACCCAAAAUAAUACUAUCAAGUAUGCAUUAAAUUUUCUUGAUAGUAUAAAAUAAGCCUUAAUUAGAUAGGUAAUCAUUUGCAUAUUUUUGCAAAACAAAAAAAACGGUAGGUAAUGAUAUCACCUUUUCUAAGAUUUAUCUGACCAUAUUUUGCGAAAGUACUUCUCUCUAGCUUUCUUUUGGUUUAAUAAAAUGUAUAACCCCGGAUUUCGUUCUAUUUUUUUAUCAAGCGUCUAUAUAGCCAUCACGGACGCAUUACGCUCCGGCACGUCACUAAAUAUGAUUUGUUUUUUAGUGCCGUUUUUUUAAACUUCUUCUCAUGCAUUUUUGCGUAUUUAUUGCCUGCUACUUGCAGUUUUACGCAUUUUAGGAACUACUGGACUCUCUUAUCAAAUAUUACCACCGGAACGUACGCUAUAGUUAACAAUAGCUGGUAAUUCAAUUUGUAGUGUACUGUUGUUACAGUUGUCCAUGUUUUAUGAAUUGAAUUGAUUUUCGAAUACUGUAAACUGUUUAAUUUUUUAUAUUUUAAAUAAAGCUUAUAAUGCCGACCUGGAAUCAAAUUCAAAGCCAGUUAAGAAACCCUCAAAAUCCAGUUGUAUUUUUUGAUAUAACUGUUGGAAGAACGGUAUUUGUUAUUUUUAAAUUAGUCAUUAAAUUUUUCAACUCAGUAAAUAUUAAAUUUAAAUUUGAAAUAUUUAAUUGUACAUUUGUUUAGAACAUUUGUAUACUAAUAAUACUUUGAAAAUGUUUACUAAGUUUCAUAAUUUAAUAAAAUUUUAAAUCUUAAUAAGAACUUAAAAUUUUUGGGUAAUUGUAUAAAUCUCAUUAAACAUUAAUAAAUAAUAAUUGUGUAAGUUUAAAUAAACUAAUUACCAAGUUGUAUUAUGUUAAAAAAGUCUGUGGUAACUAAUACUUUACCAGUUAGUUUCUAUAAUAUAAUAUUUAGUAAUUAGUUUUUUAAUGUUGACACAGGUAAUUAUCACUUAUAGCACUUUGUUUAUGUCAAAAUAUUUUUUUAUUAAUUAUAAAUAUAUAAAAUAUAGGCGCACUUAAAUUUUUUAUUAACUAAUAACAGAAUAAAAGAAAUAUAUAAUCUAAUAAAAGAAAGUUAUUUCUUCCUUCAAGGAAAUUGGUAGAUUAAUUAUGGAAUUAUAUGCUGACAUCGUACCAAAAACUACUGAGAACUUUCGUCAAUUUUGUACUGGUGAACAUAGAAGAGACGGAAUUCCAUUUGGAUAUAAAGGAUGUUGCUUUCAUAGGAUUAUUAAAGAUUUUAUGAUACAAGGAGGAGAUUUUGUAAAUGUCAGUAUAAAAUUUAAAAUGUAAUAUGUACUAUAAUGUAUAUUAUUAUCCCGGUUUUAAAUGCUCUUAUUAUUUGUGCUAAUUUAGGGUGAUGGAACAGGAGUAAUGAGUAUAUAUGGAGCAGAUACAUUUUCAGAUGAAAAUUUUAAACUUAAUCAUGAUGCACCUGGACUUUUAUCAAUGGUAAAUAUAUUUAUUAAUUCAUAUAAAUACAAUGUAUAAUAUCAUUAUAUUUUGUUUACUUAAAAAUAGGCAAACAGUGGUAAGGAUACCAAUGGAUGCCAGUUUUUUAUCACUUGUGCAAACUGUAACUUCUUGGAUGGGAAACAUGUGGUAUUUGGACGUGUCAUUGAUGGAUUGUUGGUUAUGAGAAAAAUUGAAAAUGUUCCUACAGGUCCCAACAAUAAACCAAAAAUACCUAUUGUUAUAUCUCAGUGUGGACAAUUAUGAUAGUUUUAAAGGAGUCAAUUAUUUUUAUAUUUUGAAUAAUACAUGUGGUUUUUAAAAAUAAAAAACCUAAUAAUAAGUUAUAAAAAUAAUUUUGUAUUUCUCAAAUUUAAUCCAUUGUAAGUUUGUUUGAAGUAAACUCUGAAAUUACCAAACUUAAUUUUCAUCAAAUUUAUAUCAAUCUAUUUAGCAAGCUCCAUGUGUUAUUUUUAGGGCCGGAUUUUCUGCCUUGGGACAUAUAUGCUAUACUCUACGAGUAGUCAAAA